AUGAGGCUUGCCACAAUCCUUGUCUUUUGCUCUUUAUUCGUGGGAGUCAGUGGUGAUGGCUGGUAUUCGUUCUUCAAGGAAGCCAUACAAGGGACUUGGGACUUGUGGAGAGCCUAUUGGGACAAUCUAGAAGCCAAUUACCAAAAUUCAGAGAGAUACUUCUAUGCUCGGGUCAACUUUGAGGCCCAACAAAGAGGAGCUGGUGGCGUCUGGGCAGCUAAAAUAAUCAGCACCAGCAGGAAAUACUUUCAGGGUCUCCUAAACUGGUAUUAUUUUGGAAUGAAGGACCAUGUAUCGGAAAGCCUGGAAUCUACCCAGAAAGCCGAGGACUGGGGUCGAAGUGGCAAAAAACCCUAA